GAGAAAAUAUCAUAUCUCUCUUGGAGAUGGAACGCACUAAAUCUCUACCUGAAGUGGAUUCGUCAACAAAAACGGCACAUCCGUACAGUCACGUGAACAUAGACUACACCAAACUUCGACAUCUUCAACGAACUGUUAGGGCGCAUGCAAAUUUUUCGGAAUACAUUCCAUUAGGGUUAUUAUCGAUUUUCUUUAUCGAGAUUAACAAAUACUUGUCAUCGACUUGGAUACAUGUUGCGUGUGGAGCAUUAUUAGUGUCGAGGAUUUGUCAUGCUGAAUUGGCAUUUAAUGACAAUAAUAAUAAGUUAGCAGUUAACAUAUGGAGACGAGUAGGAAUGGGCCUUACUUUUUUAACUUUAUUAAUUUCUGGAAUCAUUAAUGGAUAUAAUUUUUUAUUUUGA